UUUACUACUACGUGUUUUCGUCGUGCUUUUGGGAAGGUUGUGGUUGAUCUGUCCAGUUGUUUGUGUUUCCGGCAUUUCACUGGUUUCCGGUUCGUCGUACGAAGGCGCGGACGACGCGGAGACGCACGUGGACGCGUCACUUGUGAUGUUUGAUGCCCUCGAAAGCCUGAGAGACGUUUCUAGACAACUACUGUUCGCGUCAGCGGCCCAGUUAUGGCGCCUGCAAAGCGUGCCGACAAAGGAGCCACCAGCGGUUCGAGAUCGUCGCCCGUGUCAAAGCGGAGGAAGGAAUCCGUUGUGUUGAAAGUGAACAGCGAACUUACCUCGGAUAAAACUAAGGACGAGCUGAGAGCCGCCUUUGCGGAGAAGAAAGCCGGUCAUUUCGGGACCGCGGCCGAGCUGAUCACGGAUCCUUUCAACGUUUGCGUGCUUCACAACUUGCUAGAGGACGAAGGCAGCGUCGACAGCUUGAAGAACGAGCUGUUCGACAUUGAGUUCCACGCGAAGAACAACGAUCUGUACAAGUUCCAUCAGUCGGAUGACCUGCAAAACUUUGACACGCCGUACAUACACGCUUUCAGAAAAUGCCUGGAGGGAACGCUGGCGCCGUGGCUCCGUGACGUCACGGGGAUUCCGCUAGACGGCAGCACCAGCCUAACCUGUUCCAAGUACUCUUACACGGAUGUGCUCCUGUGUCACGAUGAUGAGUGUGAAGGCCGACGGAUAGCAUUCAUCCUCUAUCUGACACCUGGUUGGACCGCUGAAGACGGAGGCCUGUUGGACUUGUUCGACACCGACAGUAACGAGCAGCCAAGGGACAUUGUUCGCUCGAUAUUACCCAGGUUCAACAGUCUGGUCUUCUUCGAGGUCAGCCCAGUCUCGUUUCACCAAGUGGCGGAAGUGCUGAGCGAAGACAAAGUGAGGCUGUCCGUUGGUGGAUGGUUCCAUGGACCUCCCGUUAGUAGGCCAGACCCCUACAUUGAACCACUGCUCGAGCGCUUGACCUGGUGCCAUAUUGAGGAGGAGCUUCUUCGAGCCUGGAUCAGCCCUACUUACCUGGCGGACAGCGUUGCCGAGCAGGUCCGAGAGCAGUUCAAGAACGAAUCGGAGAUCCACCUCCAGGAAUUCCUGCGGGAGGACAAGUGCAAGGCACUGGAAGAGGCCCUUUCCGAUCCUAACGUCUUUUGGAAACAGCAAGGGCCACGGAACCGCCGGUGGACGUUGGAGUGCCCCACGCCAAUGGCGCCCGUGGUUGAAGAGUGUCUUCGGGUGUUCCGUUCGGAGGCCAUGUUCCUGAUCCUCUCGAACUUGACAGGCCUGAAGCUGCACCCGCUGUUGUCCGUCACCGAGAGCGAUUCCAGCUCGGAGGACGAUGGGGGCUCCGACAACUCCGAGCAGCCCAACCGCGAGCCCGCGAGCUGCACGCAGGUCGUCCACAAGUGGAGCCACGGGACGUACACACUCGCCCACGACCAGGACCGAAACUCGGACGAGUGCGGGCUCGACGUGGUCCUCUACCUCAACUGCCGAGAGUGGAAACCAGAAUGUGGUGGUUUUACAACAUACAUAGUGAAAGGCGAAGAAGAAGAGGCAUUCCAUUAUGAUUCACGCCUGAGUGGGAUAUAUCGGGCAGAUUCCAGUCGACUGACUUUUGCGCCAUUUCUACAGCUGCUGACACUGAGCCCAUGCCCGAACUCUGUGGCGCUGGUCUACAGGGACAAGGGACUCCUGCAGUUUGUGAAGCACAUCAACCACGAAGUGACCAAGCUGUCCAAAGCAGACCAGUGCUUUCAUGACAUGAAGUUCGUCUAUUACGAAUGAUGUUAAUAAA